GGUUGCCUUCUCUUGUUCUUUGGUAGAUUGGCGGACCUCUAUGGCCGGAAAAAGGUGUUCAUGAUCGGCACUCUCUGUCUAGUCGCCCUUUCUAUUGGUUGUGGCUUUGCACAGAUCUUGCGCGCUUUCCAAUGUGUUGGUACCGCCGCUGUAAUACCCUCUGCACUUGGUAUCCUGGCACAUUCAUUCCCUUCAUAUAGAGCACGUUCAAUAGCAUUCACAACCUUUGCAGUGGGCGCUCCUGUCGGAGGCUCGUUUGGCACGGUGAUGGGUGGCGUUCUUGCAGAAAUUUCCUCGUACAUCAUAAGUUGCUUGUGCAUGAGGCUGUAUUUUUAA